AUGAAGGCCGCCGUUCUCUUCCUCGCCGCGCUCGCGUCCGCAAGCCCCAUGACCACUCGCCAGGCUCGCGCACAGAACGGUUGCGACUGCUCCAAGAACUUCCACUUGUCGCUUUUCGAGCAAGAGAGCUGCCCGGAGGGCUACGCGGACGUCUCUGCAUUCUGGGACAAAGUCGAAUGCGACCAGAUCGGCUGCACCCAGCAGGACCACAAUGUUCAGUGCGGAAAUGUCAUCUUCCAGGAUGAUGAAUAG